GGAUUUAGAAAGGAGCGCACUUCCGGUGCCCUUUCUCCCGCAGGCACCACCGGCCCCGGACCCUCGUGUGAAGAGUGCGAUCUCAAAACUGGAGCUGGGUAGAGGCGGGCCGGCACCCGCUUCUGACCUCUGGUGUCGCCGGCCUCAGAAUUGGACAUGGCCCAGAACUUGAAGGACUUAGCGGGGCGGCUGCCCUCCGGGCCCCGGGGUAUGGGCACGGCGUUGAAACUGCUGCUGGGGGCCGGCGCCGUGGCUUACGGCGUCCGCGAAUCUGUGUUCACCGUGGAAGGCGGGCACAGAGCCAUUUUCUUUAAUCGGAUCGGUGGCGUGCAGCAGGACACCAUUCUGGCCGAGGGCCUUCACUUCAGGAUCCCCUGGUUCCAGUACCCCAUCAUCUAUGACAUUCGGGCCAGACCCCGAAAAAUUUCCUCCCCGACAGGCUCCAAAGACCUGCAGAUGGUGAAUAUCUCUCUGCGCGUGCUGUCUCGUCCUAAUGCCAUGGAGCUUCCUAGCAUGUACCAGCGCCUUGGGCUAGACUACGAGGAACGAGUGCUACCGUCCAUUGUCAACGAGGUGCUCAAGAGUGUGGUGGCCAAGUUCAAUGCUUCACAGCUGAUCACCCAGAGGGCCCAGGUAUCCUUGUUGAUCCGGCGGGAACUGACAGAGAGGGCCAAGGACUUCAGCCUCAUACUGGAUGAUGUGGCCAUCACAGAGCUGAGCUUUAGCCGAGAGUACACAGCCGCUGUGGAAGCCAAACAAGUGGCUCAGCAGGAGGCCCAACGAGCCCAGUUUUUGGUGGAAAAAGCAAAGCAGGAACAGCGGCAGAAGAUUGUGCAGGCCGAGGGUGAGGCUGAGGCCGCCAGAAUGCUUGGAGAAGCCCUGAGCAAAAACCCUGGCUAUAUCAAGCUGCGCAAGAUCCGGGCGGCCCAGAACAUCUCCAAGACAAUUGCCACGUCACAGAACCGCAUCUAUCUCACUGCUGACAACCUUGUCCUAAACCUACAGGAUGAAAGUUUUACCCGGGGCAGUGACAGCCUCAUCAAGGGUAAGAAAUGAGCCUAGUGACCAGGAACUCCACAGCCAGAGAAGUGGAUAUGUUUCUCCCCUGGUUUUUGAGGAGUCGGCUCGGGUCCAGCACAACCCUCAACCCACCCCCCAGUAUCAUGUGAUGGUCCCUUCUGCAUCUGGCCUCCCAGCCCUUCUUGGAUGAACAAAGCCUGACCAGUUUUGGGGGGAAUGAUUUUGCUCCUCCCUGUGUUGGCCAAAGGUGUUGGGACAGUGUGAUUUCUGAGUGAUUUCCUAGUGUUGGUUCCUCCCGCCAGGUUGGGAGGCUAUAACCACCAACCCAGGAAUUCUCAAUAAAUUUUUAUUUCUUAAGCUGAA